GUAAUUCGGCUGGGGGCCACCCCUGUUAGCCUGAGCUUGCUCUCUGUCCAGGUUUAUGCUUCCUCUUCAGAGAAGGAGACUUCCAAAAAGGAGUUGCUGAAAAUUGAGGAGCUGUCACUCUACUCCUCUCCAGCUCGUGAGACUAAAUAUGUGGAGAAUCCACAAACCCAAUUGGAAGAGGGGGUUUCGCGUUUACGGCAUGUCAUGGAGCCAUAUACAGCCUGGUGUCAGGAUCUUUAUGCCAAAGCUAUGCCCAAAUUAGAAAAAGCUGUUGAGCAUGGUAGAGAGGGCUGUGAAUUUCUCCAAAACCCCCCUGCUGGAUUUUAUCCAAGGCUCGGUGUGAUAGGUUUUGCUGGAAUUGUUGGAUUGUUCCUUGCUAGAGGCUCAAAAAUAAAGAAGUUAGUGUAUCCCGCAGGUCUUAUGGGUAUUGGUGCCUCCAUGUAUUAUCCUCAGCAAGCGGUUGCUGUUGCAAAGGUUGCUGGUACACAGCUGUAUGACUGGAGUCUUCAGGGAUAUAUUGCUGUAGAAUCUCUUUGGAAGGAUAAUCCUAAGAAGAAGAAAUCUGGGGAAAAAAGUGGUAAGGGUGAUGCAGAUGGUGACAAGCCCCUGGAAGUCCAUGCCGCUUCAAACGAAAAGCGAGCCCAGAAGUAGAAUGUCAACUCGCUUGGUGUCAAACAGGUGAAUUAAAAAUAUAGAUAAGAGCAACAGUUUCCCAAGAAAAAGAGGAAAACCACCUGAAUCCAUUUUGAUUUUGAAUGUGACUAAUCUGCCUUCUGCCUCAGGAAAGACUGACGAUGUGCUGCUUGGGCUUCUGGUAUAGAAUCUGUGAAAGGACACUACGUAUUUUGGGUCAGUCUGGAAACCUUGUCCUCAGUUCUGUAGUGGGACUCAAGUCUGCCCAUGCUUGUCCCAUUGCAGGAUCAGCAAGUCUCAAAAUUCCUCAGUCUCUCAUUAAUUAUUUAUAUAUAAAAUUAAAUUCCAGUAACACAAA